CUAGAUCAUAGACGUGCUAGGAACGCGCCGAGCGCAAGUUUUUGGGCCGCUGCAGACACAUCCGUGCAUACCGCAGCCCAGAAACGCAGCAGCGAAGCCACACACCCCAGUCCAACACGCCAGCCACCGCGCGCCGCAAACAACAAUGCUCGAAGCCGCAACGCAGACGUACUGGCUCACCGUCGCGGCAGCCUUCCUCGCCUGCGAGGCCUUGUACCACGCGUCGCAUUUCUGCAUCAACAAGACCGCCACGUCGCUCAAAGCAACCGACCGCGCGACGCUCGCCUUGAAAGUUGUGAACAUUGUCCACGCGGCGAUUAGCGGCCCCGUAGCAUUCUACUUCCUGUUCCUGCAGGGCGAUCCCGACGUGGACCACGCGGUGCAACGCGCUGUAGCGUUAGACACAAACUUCGCCCCUCAAUUAUUUUCAGCACAUGUAGCCGCGGACCAAGCACUGUCGUUAACUUGUUGGACCGUCGGAUUCAUGUGUUGGGAUCUGUACCGCAUCGGCACCUGGGCGAAAUCAGGACAUGGGGAAAAGAAAUUAUUAAUAGUGCACCACGUCCUCUCGAUCCUGGUCUGGCCCCUAGCUUCUCUCUACCGCGUCGCGGGCCCGUUUCUACUUCAUUAUGAGUACACUGAAUUAUCCUCACCUUUUCUGCAGCUGCGGUGGGUGACGCAGCUGUUUUUUGGGAGAGGUUCAAGGGCGGACAAGAUUAUGUCGAUGCUGUUUGCUCUUUCGUUUUUUGUGGUGAGAAGUACGAACGUGCACGUCGUGCUCCACGCGGCCUACUUCUCGCGGCAGUAUUCUCUUGAUUUGCAUCCCGAGUUGCCGGUGCACGUGCGCUUGAUCGGCGCCGUGACGGCGGGUCUUCCCGCUUUGUUGAACCUGUUCUGGACGCUCCAGAUCCUCAAGAUGGGGAAGAAGAUGCUCUUUCCGAAGCCGAAGAGGGCCAAUAAGAUUAACUAGUUACGUAUACAGUGUCGCGUCGGUGGCGUCAACCCCCACGCCGUCGAGCAGAUAAGCGGACGCCGCGCCCGCACAGUGCAUAGCGACCGC